CCCAAGUGACAAGCUGCCACAACUAGAAGCACCCUGAGGAUUAACAGCUGCACGUCAAGGAUAACAGAGAUAACACAUCAAUGCCUCAGCAUGCCGACAGGAUCAGUAAAACUACAAAGCAUUAAAAAGCUGGGGCAGGAAAACCACAGCUAUGAGUUUUCUGAUGAAGAACCAGCGGGCUCCGAUAUGAACAUGGCAACUUCCAAAGAGAAUGAUAAUGCUCAGGGAAAUAAGCAGCAACCAGCCAUCAGAGUUGGCUUCUUCCAGCUGUUCCGCUUCGCCACCUGUAAAGAUGUGGUGAUGAUGGUGGUGGGUGGCGUCUGCGCCGUGCUGCACGGCUCGGCCCAGCCCCUCAUGCUGCUGGUGUUCGGCCUGCUCACCGACACCUUCAUCGAGUACGACAUCGAGCUCAACGAGCUGAGCGACGACCGCAAGGAGUGCGUGAACAACACCAUCCAGUGGAAGAGGAACUACACGGCACCGCACCAGAACCAAUCGGGCUGGGGCCUCAUCAACAACUCAACGCUGGAGAUGCUCAUACCGCUGAAGAACAGGACGUGUGGGAUCCUAGACAUUGAAUAUGAAAUGACCCUGUUUGCCUUCUACUACACUGGAAUUGGAGCAGCUGUGUUCUUGCUGGGAUACUUUCAGAUCUCCCUGUGGGUGACAUCCGCCGCCAGGCAGGUUCAGCUCAUCAGGAAAAUGUACUUCAGCAAAGUGAUGAGGAUGGAGAUCGGCUGGUUCGACUGCACCUCUGUAGGGGAGCUCAACACUCGCCUGUCAGACGACAUCAACAAGAUCAACGACGCCAUUGCGGACCAAGUUGCCAUAUUCGUGCAGCGCUUCACCACCUUCGUGUGCGGUUUCUGCGUUGGCUUCGUGAAAGGAUGGAAGCUGACACUUGUCAUCAUUGCAGCAAGUCCACUGAUUGGUGUUGGAGCUGGUCUGAUGGCUUUGUUUGUGGCUAGGCUAACAGGGAUGGAGCUGCAGGCCUACGCCAAAGCUGGUGCUGUAGCCGAUGAGGUCCUCACCUCCAUCAGGACUGUGGCUGCUUUCAGUGGAGAAAAAAAAGAAGUUCAGAGGUACGACAGGAACCUGGUCUCGGCCCAGCGCUGGGGCAUCAGGAAGGGUCUUAUUAUGGGAUUUUUCACCGGAUAUAUUUGGAUGAUCAUCUUCCUGUGCUAUGGUCUGGCCUUCUGGUAUGGCUCCACUCUGGUGGUGGACACUGAGGAGUACACACCAGGAACUCUACUGCAGGUGUUCUUUGGUGUUCUGAUCGCAGCCAUGAAUUUGGGGCAGGCCUCCCCAUGUCUGGAGGCGUUCGCUGCAGGCCGUGGAGCUGCUACCAUCAUCUUUGAGACGAUUGACAGAGAGCCGGAGAUCGACUGUUUCUCUGAGGCUGGAUAUAAGCUCGACAAGGUCAAAGGAGACAUCGAGUUUCACAAUGUGACCUUCCACUACCCCUCCAGACCUGAAGUAAAGAUCCUGGACCAGCUGAGUGUUGCAGUGAAGACAGGGGAGACCACGGCCUUCGUGGGACCGAGUGGAGCUGGGAAGAGCACUGCCAUUCAACUCAUCCAGCGCUUCUACGACCCUAAGGAGGGCAUGGUGACUCUGGAUGGUCAUGACAUCAGAGGGCUCAACAUCCAAUGGCUGCGCUCUCUCAUCGGCAUCGUGGAGCAGGAGCCGGUGCUGUUUGCCACCACCAUCGCUGAAAACAUCCGCUACGGCCGGCCUGGGGUCACCAUGGAGGACAUCGUCAAGGCUGCCAAGGAGGCCAACGCUUACAACUUCAUCAUGGACCUUCCACAGAAAUUCGACACCCUGGUGGGAGAGGGUGGAGGCCAGAUGAGCGGCGGCCAGAAGCAGAGGAUCGCCAUCGCUCGUGCUCUGGUCAGGAACCCUCGGAUUCUGCUGCUGGACAUGGCGACUUCUGCCCUCGACAAUGAGAGCGAAGCUAUAGUUCAAGAAGCUCUGGAUAAAGUACGUUUGGGCCGCACCACCAUCUCCAUCGCUCAUCGACUGUCCACCAUAAAGAACGCUGAUGUUAUCGUGGGUUUUGAGCACGGCCGGGCCGUAGAGAGGGGCAAACACAACGAGCUGCUGGAGAGGAAGGGCGUCUACUUCACUCUGGUCACUCUGCAGAGCCAAGGAGACAAAGCUCUGAACGAGAAGGCUCGGCAAAUGGCUGACACUAAUGAAGAACCAGAGAAGCUGAAUCUGUCCAGAGCAGGAAGCUACCGAGCCAGUUUAAGAGCCUCCAUCCGCCAGCGGUCCAGAUCCCAGCUGUCCAACCUGGUCCCAGAAUCGUCGGUUCCCAUCGCUGGAGAGCUCGGCCCCAGAGCCUACGCCGUGUCACAGGCAGAUAAAUCCAAGAAUACGAUCCCUGACGAUGAGGAUGAAGAACCCAUAGAGCCUGCUCCAGUUGCCCGGAUCCUGAAGUACAACUUACCCGAGUGGCCCUACAUGCUUUUUGGAUCAAUCGGAGCGGCAAUAAACGGCGGCGUCAACCCCGUCUACUCUCUGCUGUUCAGUCAAAUCCUGGCGACUUUUUCUAUAACAGAUCCGGUGACUCAGAGGAGGGAGAUUGAUGGCAUCUGCGUCUUCUUCGUCCUGGUCGGCAUCAUCUCCUUCUUCACCCAGAUGCUGCAGGGUUACGCCUUCUCUAAGUCUGGAGAGCUGCUGACCCGCAGGUUGCGGCGACUCGGCUUCCACUCCAUGCUGGGCCAGGAGAUCGGCUGGUUUGAUGAUCACAGGAACAGCCCCGGAGCUCUGACCACACGUCUGGCCACCGACGCCUCCCAAGUGCAAGGGGCCACGGGUUCACAGAUCGGGAUGAUCGUCAACUCUCUGACCAACAUCGGCGUGGCCGUCAUCAUGUCCUUCUACUUCAGCUGGAAGCUCACCAUGCUCAUCCUCUGCUUCCUGCCCUUCAUCGCCCUCUCAGGAGGCUUCCAGGCCAGCAUGCUCACCGGCUUCGCCAAGCAGGACAAGCAGGCCAUGGAGACGGCUGGACGGAUUUCCGGCGAGGCCCUGAACAACAUCCGCACCAUCGCCGGCCUGGGGAAGGAGAGGAACUUUGUGGAAAUGUACGAAGCCCAGCUGGACGCUCCGUAUCAAGCGGCCCUGAAGAAGGCCAACGUGUACGGAGCCUGCUACGGCUUCGCCCAGUGUGUCGUCUUCCUGACCAACUCCGCCUCCUACCGGUUUGGAGGUUACCUGGUGAAGCAGGAGGGGCUCCAUUUCAGCCUGGUGUUCAGGGUCAUCUCGGCCAUCGUCACCAGCGGCACGGCCCUCGGCAGAGCUUCCUCUUACACCCCGGACUACGCCAAGGCCAAGAUAUCGGCUGCACGUUUCUUCCAGCUGCUGGACCGCGUCCCUCAGAUCAGCAUCUACAGCGACAAGGGACACAAAUGGGAUAACUUCCAGGGCAACAUUGAGUUCAUUGACUGUAAGUUCACCUACCCCACCAGGCCAGACAUCCAGGUACUGAAUGGGCUCAACGUGGCGGUGAAGCCCGGCCAGACGCUGGCCUUCGUGGGCAGCAGUGGAUGUGGGAAGAGCACCAGCGUUCAGCUGCUGGAGAGGUUUUAUGAUCCGGACCACGGCAGAGUGCUGAUUGAUGGCCACGACUCGACUCAUGUCAAUGUGCCCUUCCUGCGUUCCAAGAUUGGCAUCGUGUCCCAGGAGCCCAUCCUGUUCGACUGCAGCAUCGCAGAGAACAUCAAGUACGGCGACAACUCGCGGGAAAUCAGCAUGAAUGAGGUCAUCUCCGCCGCCAAGAAGGCCCAGCUCCACGACUUCGUCAUGUCUCUUCCCGAGAAAUACGACACCAACGUGGGCGCUCAGGGUUCUCAGUUGUCCCGUGGCCAGAAGCAGCGCAUCGCCAUCGCCAGGGCGAUCAUACGUGACCCCAAGAUUCUGCUCCUAGACGAGGCCACCUCCGCCCUGGACACGGAGAGCGAGAAGACGGUGCAAGAAGCCUUAGACAAAGCCAGAGAGGGCCGGACCUGCAUCGUCAUCGCCCAUCGCCUCUCCACCAUCCAGAACUCGGACAUCAUCGCCGUCAUGUCCAGAGGUUUGCUGAUCGAGAAGGGAACUCACGACCAGCUGAUGGCCCUGAACGGAGCCUACUACAAGCUGGUGACCACCGGAGCACCCAUCAGCUAACUGCUCUGGGGAACGGGAGCCGGGGUGCUCUUGGCAGUGCUGCUACGAUACAUGAAGAGAAGCCAGGACUGGAAGGAUGCCAUACUUUAAAUUACAAACAGGAAGGAAGUGCACCUGCUCACUCUAACAGUAUUUAUUCUGGUGAGGAGAUCCUGUCACUAAGAGGGGGAUUUGGUGAUUCACAAACCCCAUUUUGGGGUAUUUUAAGACAGCUAAUCAGUGUCUUUCUUUCAUCAAGUUGUUUUUUUCUCUCUCUCGGGCAUCGGGUCUGUACCAAUAUCCACAGCUACGCUCUCAAUUGGUUGUUUUUCUUAUUGAACAACUGAAAAAUAUCCUCCAUUUGCCGAGUAGGGGCUAGUGGAAAAGCGCCAUAAGUUGGAUUUACAACCAACCAGUGGUGGAAAGAACACAAAACAUUUACCAGUCACUACUCUUCUGAGGUACUUCACCCAAGUAUUACUAUUUGAAGUUACAUUAUAUUUUACUUUAGGCUAUUUCACAGCAGUACUAUACUUCAAAGGUGACAAUUUUAAAUACCAGACAUAUCACUACAUAAUAUCUGGUAUAAACGAUCCAACAGUAGGUGAAAUGACCAAUUACAAGAGUGAAAUGUCCUCUUUUUACAUAAAUACAUUUGUAAUAAUGAUACAGUAAUGUAAUGUAGAGUAAUGCAGGGUAUUUUUAUGCCAUGGUAAUUAAAAUGUGGUGUGUGUUAUGCAUGUGUGCGUUAUAUAGGGAUACCGAAUCACGUGACCUAAAUAUGUAGCGGGCGGCGGCAAUGGAUGGGACACAAUCAUGUGAUCAGCAGCUGACGUAGUGUUCACUUGUUGUCAUGGUUACAGUGAUGCUGUGCCGCUAUCUGGCAAUGAUACAGAAAUCUUUAACAAAUCUGUGGAUCCAGACUAUAAGUCACAUCACUGCCAAAAUCUAAUCACUUGGUCCUUGUGUCAUUUCUGACCUUCAAUGAAUAUUUCAUCCAAAUCUGUUAGUCUGUUUUUGAGUAAUGUUGGUAACAGACAGACAGAUGGACAAACAUACGUUGAUCAUCACAUAACUCCGCCGUUUCCUUGGUGGGGUAAUUACAGAAAUUUUAAACUGAUAUCCAAUGUACUGGAUAUGGCUACACUGUUCCACAGGAUCUAUUUUACCAAAUACAUGCAGCUGAUCUAACAUUGCAGGGAAAUGUGCCUCAGGUUAGCAGCAGCCCUUCAAAUCUGUAAGUCUUGAGUAUCACGUUUCAUGAGUCCGUAUGCUUUAUUCAUGACUGACUACAUUUGGACCAGUCUUACCGGCUCCAGUUUUUGCCCCUCCAUGUUCACAUCUAUCAUCUGCAUUUGGGUCAUAGAGCCCUCUACUUGUUUUUCAAAAAUUAGCAUAACCAGUGAUGUUUUAAAACCCCAUAUCAUCAUUUAAUAACCUAACCGUUGCUGUGAAUGCUCAAAGAAGCUUUUAGAUGGCCACAAGAGACUGUCAGGACUCUGGAGAACAGCUACAAGUGCUUUAAAAAGGAUUUUCAAUCAUCACUGGUUGAAUUAGUAAAUACAUUUUUUUGAAAAAGCAAUGGUUGGCUGUUACAUUCAACAAAAUCAAAUCUCGUUGUUCGUGUUUUUCAAGCAGCUGAAACAUGAAGCCGACAUGGAAGUGGCAAAAAUAGUUUUUUCUUGAAUGAUCACUGCAGCUGCUAAAUAGAUUAAAUCCUUUCAUGUCACACUUUGUUAUAAAUGAAGUUAUGCUGUGUACACUGCUAGUGUAGUAUAGUUUUCUGCACAAACAUAAACCAUCUAUCAUAACUCACCAGAGGCACAUGCAAAUGCUAUUAACACAUAAGGAUGCUUCCACAAAGUGUAAUUUAAAUAAUAUUUCCUCUGGAAGUUUGAUACGCAUUCAGUAUAGCACUGUGCCAGUUGUCUCUACUAUAUUACUUAUCUAAGCGCUUUGCCUUUCACAAGACAUUAGCCAGUUAGCCGUGUUACAUACUUUCAAGUCAAACAUGUCAGGGUUUUCAGAAACGUAGCUUUUCCUACUAAACUAACUUGCACUAGCUAUGUGGGCAUGUCAAAACUAGCACUAGCUAUGUUGGCACGUCAAACUAGAACUAGCACUAUGGGCGUAUCAAACUAGCACUAGCUAUGUGGGCAUGUCAAAACUAGCACUAGCUAUGUGGGCAUGUCAAAGCUAGCACUAGCUAUGUGGGCAUGUCAAAGCUAGCACUAGCUAUGUGGGCAUGUCAAAACUAGCACUAGCUAUGUGGGCAUGUCAAAGCUAGCACUGGCUAUGUAGGUAUGUCAAAGCUAGCACUGGCUAUGUGGGCAUGUCAAAGCUGGCACUAGCUAUGUGGGCGUAUCAAACUAGAACUAGCUAUAUCAAACUAGCACUAGCUAUGUGGACAUGUCAAAACUAGCACUAGCUAUGUGGGCAUGUCAAAGCUAGCACUAGCUAUGUGGGCAUGUCAAAACUAGCACUAGCUAUGUGGGCAUGUCAAAGCUAGCACUGGCUAUGUAGGCAUGUCAAAGCUAGCACUGGCUAUGUGGGCAUGUCAAAGCUGGCACUAGCUAUGUGGGCGUAUCAAACUAGAACUAGCUAUAUCAAACUAGCACUAGCUAUGUGGACAUGUCAAAACUAGCACUAGCUAUGUGGGCAUGUCAAAGCUAGCACUAGCUAUGUGGGCGUAUCAAACUAGAACUAGCUAUAUCAAACUAGCACUAGCUAUGUGGGCGUAUCAAACUAGAACUAGCUAUAUCAAACUAGCACUAGUGAUGUCAGCAUGUCAAAGCUAGCACUAGCUAUGUAGGCAUGUCAAAACUAGCACUAGCUAGCUUAGCUUGAAAACAAGAUUUUCAUGUGAGCUAACGUUACUUUUUCUUUAUGCUAGUGUUAUUUGUGUAAAGGGGUUGUUUGGCCUUUAAAGCUGGAGUUUUAAUUCUAAUCCCAAGUGUUCUAAGCUACAGAUUUUUAAAAGUCUGGUGUCUAUGUGUCUAACAGAGCGCUUGAGAAAGAUGUUUACUGAAAUAUUAUCACUGCUGUUGGUAUAUUCAGGUGGCAGAGGAGGUUGUCUGCUAAUCACAAGGUUGGCAGGAAAUAUAUGGUCUUUAUGAGUGUAUGGAAACCUUUGUUGACGGCUGUCUAGUGGAUUGUUUGUUGCAUUGACUGCUGAUGUGCCCAACUGAUUGCUAUGACGAGCAGGAACAAGGUCACCUGAUCAAUGCUGGAGGCAGCCCAUUGAUUAUUUAAUGCUCAGCACAUUAUACUACUUCUGUAUCUGCCAAGCACACAGACAUGGGUAUUUAUUAAAAGCCUUUUUAUCAGUCAGAUCUGCAUCAGUGUUCCAAAAGUGUUUACAUUAGAUUGAAAAAAUGCAUUUUUAUCUGAAUCCCAGAAGUAAACUAUUGAUUUUGUUCAACCAGG